GCUGUGUGACUUCUGUGGCAAAAAGCCUGUAAACAAGAAAGAAGAAGGAGCGCGGAGACGCACAGAAAGGGAACGAGGAACUCAGCUGUGUCAGCUCUGGGUGCUGGAAACUUCUAACUCAGGGAAGUUAUUAGACCCAAGCUGAAGACAUCUGCAGGUCUGAGUUGAUCAAGGAUGCUGUCCUACCUUAUGCUGUGGCUUGUGGCCUCUGCUGCUUCAGCUGAGUGGAGGCGUCCAGUGAUCAAGUUAAACUCCAAGGUGGUUAAGAGCGCUGAGGUGGUGGUCAGCGCUGGAAGCCCUCUGGAUCUGAGGUGUGAGGGUGAAGCGCCUGUAAUCUGGCAAACCAGACUACCCAAACACAGACGCUACAUAUCCAGGGGCAAUGGGACUGUCCGUACUUUUAAAGUUGACCGUCCCACCGCAGAAUUCACUGGAACGUACAAGUGUUAUUACACCAAUGGGUCACAUCGUGACUCCUCAGUGUAUGUGUAUGUAAAAGAUCCAAGUCAUGUUUUCUGGACUAGCAGCACAUCCCUGCAGGUGGUAGUGAAGGAGGGUGAGAGCUACCUGCUGCCUUGCCUACUGACCGACCCAGAAGCUACAGACAUAAGCCUGCGCAUGAACAAUGGCACUUCUGUGCCACCAGGAAUGAACUUUACCAUCUUCAGACACCGCGGCAUUCUCAUCCACAGCCUUCACCCCAGCUUUAAUGCUGACUACAUCUGCACGGCCAGGGUCAACGGAGUGGAGAAGACCUCUAAGGCCUUUUCCAUCAAUGUCAUUCAGAAGCUCCGUUUCCCUCCAUACGUCUUCUUGGAAACAGAGGAAUAUGUACGCAUAGUUGGGGAAGAACUCAAGAUCCCAUGCACAACACACAAUCCCAACUUCUACUACAACGUCACCUGGAAAUACACAACCAAAUCAGUCCCAAAAAUCGCUGAGAUAGUUCGCUCCAAUGGCGAAAAUCGCCUGGACAUAGAGAGCACACUGACUAUCGCUGCUGUGGACCUGGCAGACACAGGAAACAUCUCCUGCAUCGGUUCUAACGAAGCAGGGGUGAACACUUCGACCACAUACCUGCUGGUUGUGGACAAGCCUUACAUCAGACUAUCACCCCAGCUGUCGCCUAAGCUGGCCCACAAGGGCCUCUCAGUGGAGGUGAACGAGGGAGACGAUCUGGAGCUCAGUGUGCUCAUCGAAGCAUACCCCCACAUCACAAAGCACAGAUGGGACACGCCGAUAUCUCCCAACACAGCCACACAGGAGCACAAGCUCAUCCGAUACAACAACAGAUACCAUGCUAUUCUGCAGCUGAAGAGAAUGAACAUACAGGAGCAGGGCCAGUACACCUUUUAUGCUCAGAGUGAAAUGGCCAAUGCAUCCAUCACAUUUCAAGUCCAGAUGUAUCAGAGACCAAUUGCUGUCGUGAAAUGGGAAAAUGUAACCACACUCACUUGCACUUCGCAUGGCUAUCCGCCUCCCAGAAUCAUCUGGUAUCAGUGUUUUGGAAUCCGACCCACGUGCAAUGAAAACAAUAGCGGACUGCAGAUGGCAAUCCCUCUCCAAGCUCCUACAGUGGAGGUCCAGAGGGAGGAGUACGGGGCUGUGGAAGUGGAGAGCGUCCUCACUGUGGCGUUUUCCAACAGGAGGAUGACGGUUGAGUGUGUGGCCUUCAACCUCGCUGGCGUCAGCAGUGACACUCUUGCCAUGAACGUUAACGACUGGCCCUUUACUUCCCUUCUGAUUGGAGCGGCAGCAAUUUUGACCAUCCUUCUUGUUCUCCUCAUUUUCCUGUUUUACAAAUACAAGCAGAAACCGAGGUAUGAGAUCCGCUGGAAGAUCAUUGAGGCGAGAGAUGGGAACAAUUACACCUUCAUUGACCCCACGCAGCUGCCCUACAAUGAAAAGUGGGAGUUCCCUAGAGACAAGCUCAAACUAGGGAAGAUCCUGGGUGCAGGCGCAUUCGGAAAAGUUGUUGAGGCCACGGCUUAUGGACUGGGAAAGGAAGACAAUGUGAUGCGUGUAGCUGUGAAAAUGUUAAAAGGUUUGGAUCCACUGUUACACUCCAGUGCCCAUUCAGAUGAGAGGGAGGCUCUAAUGUCUGAACUGAAGAUCCUGAGUCACCUGGGUCACCACCAGAACAUCGUCAACCUACUUGGAGCCUGCACCUACGGAGGUCCAGUGCUUGUGAUCACUGAGUACUGCAGCCUCGGCGACCUGCUGAACUUCCUUCGCCAGAAGGCAGAGACGUUUGUGAACUUUGUCAUGAAUAUUCCCGACAUCAUGGAAAAUUCUACCGACUACAAGAACAUCUGCAAUCAGAAGCAGUUCAUUCGAAGCGACAGCGGGAUCUCCAGUGAAACCUCCAGCACCUACUUGGAGAUGAGACCCAGCCGCUUAGCAGAGUUGCCAACUGUGGAAUCAUCUGAAGACCCUGUCUGUGAGGAGAGUGGUGACUGGCCGCUGGAUAUUGAUGACCUGCUCAGAUUUUCCUUCCAAGUCGCUCAGGGCCUCGACUUUUUGGCCAGCAAAAAUUGUAUUCACAGAGAUGUGGCUGCGAGGAAUGUGCUCCUGACCAGUCGCAGAGAGGCAAAGAUCUGUGACUUCGGUCUGGCACGGGACAUCAUGAAUGACUCCAACUAUGUGGUGAAGGGCAAUGCACGUCUGCCAGUGAAGUGGAUGGCUCCCGAGAGCAUCUUUGACUGCGUGUACACCGUCCAGAGUGACGUCUGGUCCUAUGGCAUCCUCUUGUGGGAAAUCUUCUCUUUAGGCAAAAGCCCCUACCCCAGCAUGGCUGUGGACACUAGGUUCUACAAGAUGGUGAAGCGUGGCUACCAGAUGUCCCAACCAGACUUUGCUCCACCUGAAAUCUACGGUAUCAUGAAGAUGUGCUGGCAUCUGGAGCCGACAGAGCGUCCCACCUUCAGCAAAAUCUGUCACAUGAUACAAAGGCUACUUGGGGACCAACCUGAGCAGGAACAGUUAACGUACCAGAAUGUGCAGCAGCAGGUCACGGAGGGUGAAGGGUGUGACGAGUGCUUCGACGGCCCCUGUGACCAGUCUUGUGACCACCAAGAAGAGGAGCAGCCUCUGAUGAAGACCAACAACUAUCAGUUUUGUUGAAAGGCCUUAAACUCAAAUCAAUCAGCAAACCAAUCAAUCUUCAACAAGGAUCAGAACACUGGCAUGAUCUCUAGUUUGCAGCCAAAGCGCCACAGCUUGUUCCAAUCGCCGGAGAGUCGCCUUAUCAGCUAUUUUUCGCCUGUCGUGCCUGCUCUCCAGACAGACGAGCAGCUGCGGCAAGCAUGUGACCUGCCUCUUUUGCAUGCGAUCCAUGACUAGAAAUUGCCACGUCUAAAAUGAAAGGAAGAAGCAAUGUCAACAAAUCACACAAGGUAUCAAAGGGUAGCUUAUUCUAAAGAUUGCUCAGUGGCAGGCUGUUUAUUAGCCCUUCUUCUGUUCUCUGUUUGAGGUCGAAUCUAUCAGUUUUUCCAAGCAAGAAUCCCCCUGAUUCUUUUGUUUUGUUCUUGUGAGUGUGCUCUUAAUUAUCUGUUGCACACCAUGUUUAGUAUACUUUUAUUACAGCCACAGGAGACUCAGAAUUAUGUGUUCUUCCAUCAGGAUCACUGUCUUUCAUUAUUUUGGGGGGAAUUUGUCGUUUUUUGGCAUGUACGUUUUCUCCAAAGGAAGCAGCACAACAGUCGGAAACACUGAAUUAAAACCAUGAGAGCCUUUCUUCUCUCCAGACAACUUGUGUUAUAUUAAUUAUAAUCAAAAAAUAUAAAGUGCUCAAGUUUUUCCCUUGAUUUAAACAUGCUAAAGGAGCCAAAGAGGAGGCAGAUAAUGAGUGCAGUGUUUUCCUCGCUGGGCUUUGGUCACAGCUGUAUUUCUUGUGACACACUUGCAGUAGCUGUCAGUGGGUUGCAGCAUGUGAUUGUUCCACUUCAAUCUAAUUAGUCAGCGUGAUUUUAGAACAAGGAGUACGACUGAGCUGAGCAGGGAAAUCGGUAGAUGUCUUACGGAGCAGAAGAACAAUGUUUGAUGUUUGGGGUUGGUGGGGUUAGCAGGGUGCAGCUGAAUCUUGUACUUUCCUGUAGCGUUAGAUGAGUUUCAUGCACAUCUGUAUGUAGCAGUCAGCCUACACUGCCAAAUGUAUGAAGAUUAUAUGAUCAUAUAUAUAUAUAUAAGCUAUACGAGAGACGGGGACUGCCAAUUUCUGUGACUUUGGCUACUUUAAAUGUGCUUGCAUCUGAAUGAAACAGAAGUGAGAUGUCGAAUAAUGUAUAUAUAACACAUGAAUCAAGAAUGAUCUUUAUUUUCACUGUAGAAGAGAUACAUGAAUAUUUCAUAGAUGUGUUAUGUCUCGUUUUUUUUCUUUUGUGCAAAUGAGACAAUCAACAAAAAAGCUGCAAAUUAAGUCAUUGCAAAACUGCAGAGGCGUUCAUAAAAGCUUUAUCACUGAAACUCUGUGUUCCAAUGUAAAGUUUUAUACUAUCUAACUGGAAUGUUGUUGUUUCACACCAAUUUUUUUCCUUUGUUGUUCCUAACUGUGCCAACAGAAAAUGUUUCCUUCGUGUUCUUCUCUCCUCGCUUCCUGUUUUUAUUGGAUAACAUCCAGUCCACAUUUCCCACAGUGUCUGUCAACAAUUGCGCAACUCUAAAUCUUUAUAGGGAAGUAAUAAUCCGGCUUCAGUUUCUAUGUCAGUCUGGACUCUUUUCCUUCCCCGUGUGGGUUCAGCUAGAAACCUAUUUCAUUCUCUAUCAGUCUCAGACACUUUUCAGGAACUAUCUUGCUCUACUUUAUCAGGUGCUGAAAUUUGCUCUAUCAAGAAGCUGAGAUAUUACUGAUUUUGAGCAAAGCAUGAUCAUCCUCAUGAUCUCUCUGCUAAAGACUGGGUUGUACUCUUUGUCAGCUGCUGUGUGUAAAACUUUAAAAGAAUCCACUCUCAUAUAUGUGACGUGCGUUCUUACUGUGGCUUGAAACAUAUGACAAACUGUAAAGUAUCUGUUUUGUCCACUCAAAUUGUUCCUACCUUAUUUUAAAUGAAUAUAAAUGUUUUAUCAAGAA